UUGAUAUGAAUGAUUCUCACUGGCUAUUUGCCCUUCCAGGAAUACGUGGCUCAGUUCAACCUGAGCCGUGCAUAUUGGAUUGGAAUCAAGCACAAUCCGCUGGAACCCACUUGGAUGUGGGUGGAUGGGACAACUGUACAAGAUGGCCUAAUAUUCUGGGACCAAGGCAGCCCCGACAGUCACUUCGACUACGAGCUGGAGGCUUUCAAGAACUGCAUCUCCCUGCGCCGAGGAGCCUGGGCUAACGCUGUGUGCAGUGCUCAGCAGCACUGGAUCUGCAAACGGAGAUCGGAGCCAGUCCCGUUUAAAUUGUGAGGGUCGGU